UUCAAAAUUUGAAAGUCGGUUCUAAAUCAUCAUGGCAGACACAACGAAGCAAGAGGAGAAGAAACCGGAGCCCAAAAGUGACAAAAAUGACAAAAAUGACAAGAAGACCGAAGAUGAAAAGGAGCAGGAUUUGUCUGAGGAAGACAAGACGCUUCAAGAAGAGCUGACAAUGCUAGUGGAGAGGUUACAGGAGAAGGAUACCUCCCUCUAUCGCCCCGCCCUGGAACAGUUGAGGACGAUGAUAAGAGCGUCGACAAGUUCGAUGACCUCGGUUCCAAAGCCUCUCAAGUUCCUUCGCCCUCACUACGACACUCUCAAGGAGAUCUUUGAAAACAUGGCUGUCGGUGAUAACAAGUGUUUCUGUGCAGACAUUAUCUCUGUGUUGGGCAUGACCUUGAGUGAUAACAAAGACUGUCUCAACUUCCGCUUGGUCGGAUCCAAAGAGGACAUCGCAUCAUGGGGCCAUGAAUACGCAAGGCACCUUGCGGGUGAGAUAGGCCAGGUCUGGAACGAGACCGAUGCCGAGAAGGACCAGGUCCAGCGCGAGAAGCUCCUGACCCUAGCCAAGGAGAUCGUACCCUACCACAUGCAGCACAACGCCGAGGCGGAGGCCUGUGACCUUAUCAUGGAGAUAGAGCAACUGGACAUCCUUCAGGACUACGUCGACAAGAAUGUCUUCCCUCGAGUUUGCCUCUAUCUUAUCAGCUGUGUUAACUAUGUCCCAGAACCAGAAGACUCCAUCCUGUUGAGAACGGCCCUGGAUAUUUUCAGGAAGUUCAACAGCUAUCCCGAAGCUAUGAGGCUGGCGAUCAGGCUGAACGAUGUGGAGCUCAUAGAGAAGAUAUUCACCUCCUGCCAAGACAAGUUGGUCCAGAAGCAGCUAGCCUACAUGUUGGGAUCCCAACAGAUCUUCUUAGAACUUCCAGAGGAGACCGAAGAUUACGAUGACCUCGUUGAGAUCAUGUCUAAUACUCAACUCAACACACACUUUCUUGCUCUAGCUCGAGAGCUUGAUAUUAUGGAGCCCAAAGUCCCAGAAGAUAUCUACAAGAGCCACUUGGAAUCAACCAGGCCCUCGUUUGCCCCAAGCGGUUCUCAAGUGGAUUCGGCCAGGCAGAACCUCGCUGCGUCUUUUGUGAACGGUUUCCUGAAUGCUGGGUUUGGACAGGACAAGUUACUCACAGACGACGGCAACAAAUGGAUCUACAAGAACAAGGAACACGGUAUGAUGAGUACGACGGCUUCUCUAGGCAUGGUGCUCUUAUGGGAUGUGGACGGUGGUCUUACUCAGAUUGAUAAAUACCUCUACUCAUCGGAAGAUUAUAUCAAGUCUGGGGCUCUUCUAGCAUGCGGCAUUGUAAAUUCUGGUGUAAGAAAUGAGUGCGAUCCAGCUCUAGCUCUCCUGUCUGACUACGUGCUUCAUAACAACAACGUCAUGAGGAUAGGAGCAAUCUUCGGUCUUGGUCUGGCGUAUGCUGGAUCAAACAGAGAAGACGUGAUUAGUCUCCUUCUACCAGCCUUAGCAGAUACAAAGUCUAACAUGGAGGUUGUAGGAAUCACAGCUUUAGCGCUAGGUCUUAUCGCCGUCGGCACCUGUAACGGUGAGGUGACGAGCACCAUUCUUCAGACCCUCAUGGAGAAGACCAAACUAGAACUCAAGGAUAACUUUGCUCGGUACCUGGCCCUGGGUCUUGCUCUAACGUACCUUGGCAAACAAGAAGCAGUUGAGGCCACCCUUGCAGCUUUGGAUGUACUCCCAAGCCCUUUCAAAGAAUUUGCCAAGAUUCUAGUUGAUGUUGUAGCAUACGCAGGCACUGGCAAUGUCCUUAAGGUCCAGCACCUCCUCCACAUCUGCAGCGAGCACAUCGAGGACGAAGACGGAGAGGAGAAGGAGAAGAAAGAGGAGAAGAAGAAAGAAGAGAAGAAAUCAGAUGACGGUCCAGUGGAUCACACAUCACAUCAAGCCGUAGCGGUGCUUGGUAUCGCUCUGAUUGCCAUGGGGGAGGAGAUUGGAUCGGAAAUGGCUCUGAGAGCCUUCGGACAUCUAUUACGGUACGGUGAGCCCGUCAUCAGACGAUCAGUCCCUCUUGGUCUAGCCUUGCUGUCCGUCUCUAACCCUCAGCUCCAGAUACUCGAUACACUCAGCAAGUUCUCUCACGACCCCGACAACGAGGUCGCUCACAACGCCAUCUAUGCUAUGGGCAUCGUUGGAGCAGGUACCAACAACGCCCGCCUGGCUGCCAUGCUCCGUCAGCUCGCUCAGUACCAUGCCAAGGACCCGGCCAACCUGUUCAUGGUCCGUCUAGCUCAGGGGCUCACCCAUCUAGCCAAGGGCACCCUGACCCUCUCCCCGUACCACAGCGACAGGCAGCUACUCAAUCAGGUGGCUCUGGGAGGUCUACUGGCUACCACACUAGCAUUCCUGGAUGUCAAGAACACGAUAUUGAGCAAGUCUCACUACCUGGUGUACGGCCUGGUGACAGCAAUGAGACCGAGAAUGCUUGUAACAUUCGAUGAAGAACUGAGACCGCUCCCUGUACAAGUCAGAGUCGGACAGUCUGUAGAUGUGGUCGGCCAGGCAGGCAAGCCCAAGACCAUCACAGGAUUCCAGACGCACACAACACCGGUCCUGCUAGCGUACGGAGAGAAAGCUGAGCUCGCUACGGAUGAAUAUCUUCCUGGCACACCUAUCAUGGAGGGAUUUGUCAUCUUGAAGAAGAAUCCAGAUUUUGAGCAAUGAUUCCGGGCGGGGUCUACCGUCCUUAGCAACCAGAUCCAGGGACCCUGACCUUGAAAGUAGGGUUCAUACUUAAAAACCCAUGGGCCACAUUCUACAAACAUGUUUCUUUGAAGCCUCGUUCACAUAUCACACUGUAAACUGCCGCAAAAAAACCCAUCCAAAUGAAUAGCAACUGCGUUCAGCAAAGACUUGCAUGUAUUCACUGAGCUGUGUGUUAUGAGAUACAGAAAUAUGAUGCAUAUUACACUCAAUGUCAUCAUGAAAUAACUACCGCCGUUUUGCUCUGUCAUAUUUGAACGAGGCCCUAAUUUCAAGGAAAAUUAUUCACUGUUCAUUACACCCUGUCAUGGCAGUAUAUAUUUGCAUACUGUAAGUUUUGACGAAAAAUACCUGGAUUUUUAUGUUUUGCCUGAAACGUUAAUAAUUACCAUCACUAUGGAUAAUUUCCAAGAGGUUUUUGUCUUAUAAUGAAACAAUCAACCUUAGUAUUUGACUCUUUAUAUAUCUAGUGAAAUAAAGCGAAACCUGUAUAUAAAGACCACCCGAGGAAGUCAUUUUGAGAAAAGUGGUCUUCAAAGGCAGGUGGUCAUUAUGUACAGGUUCCUUGAAUACAUGUUGCAAUGUAAAUCACUACUCAACAAAACAAAACUAACAAAUUUCAGGACAGUAUAAAGAACCUUAUUCAUUAUAACCCGAGGACAUGUAGCCGUGAAGAAAGGGGAAUAGAAUUUCAUCUGCAUCUUCAAGCUACGGUUGGAGGGUCUGGUCACCCACAUUUUGUUUUGUUUCGACUAUGAAACCACCAUUUUCUCUUUGGAAUUCAAAUUUGGUCCUGAACCUGUUUAGGAACAAUGCUUGCAAUCAAAUAACUAUAUGAAGAAAAUUUAUGAUUGACAGUUUAUCUGCAAGUUGUUUUACAAUCUGGUAUUAGUGAUACAUGUCUGUCAAACUUUCCAACGCCACAAGGAUUUUCGGAAAGCAGUUUCAUACAAGGCCUAAAAAAUAAAUGAUGUAGACAUUCAUAAUUUAUUCUUUUCAAGACAUAUGACAUGCCUGAAUUAAAUUUUUUCUUUUUUUACUUUUCCGUUUUGUAUAUUAUUACCUGUUAAUGAAAAAGCUGGUUGUUAAUGUAAGGUCCGCUUUCAAAGAAGACCAAUUAUAUAAUUAAUGUGUAGAUAUUGACUUGAUGUAAUGAUGUAUUUGUAUUGUUGCAUUCUGAAUACAUUGUUUAGGCAUGAACAUUCAAACAGAUUAAAUUGUUUUGUGUAAAGCACA